GUCCUUUCUUUAUUUUUCUAAUUUUCUUAUAUACACUGAAUCUCAUUUCAAUUUCCAUUCAGAUUUACUCAAUUUCGUUUCUAAAGUGUCGGAUGGGAACUCCCGAAUUCCCAGAUCUAGGAAAGCACUGUGCUGUCUCCGAUUGCAAGCUUAUUGAUUUCUUGCCCUUCACCUGCGAUCGCUGCAAUCAGGUGUAUUGUUUGGAGCACCGAAGUUAUAUUAAACAUCAGUGUACAAAAGCUGACAAGCUAGAUGUCACUGUAGUUAUAUGUCCACUUUGUGCCAAAGGAGUUCGUCUAGUUCCUGACCAAGAUCCAAAUAUAACUUGGGAGAAUCAUGUUAACACUGAGUGCGACCCGUCAAAUUAUGAGAAAGCCACGAAGAAGAAAAAAUGCCCUGCCUCCGGAUGCAAAGAAAUCUUGGUAUUCUCAAACACAAUUAAGUGCAGGGACUGCUUGGUAGACCAUUGUUUGAAGCAUCGGUUUGGACCUGAUCAUAAAUGUCCCGGACCCAAAAAGUUGGAAACAAGUUUUUCAUUUAUGAGUCUUUUGAAUAGGAGUAGAAAAGAAGAGACAAACCCCAAGUCAAGUUCAACCUCAUCAUCUAAAUGGACUUCAAGCUUUCUUAAUGCGGCUUCUAACAUUAGAGCUUCAGCCGAGGCAGGCAUGUCAAAGUUGGGUGGCGACAUUAACCAAGCCUGGCAGACAGCUAGGGAUGGGGUGGGACAGAGCAGUAGCAGUGAUCAUAGGAAUGGUCAAGUGGAGCAAUGCCCUCAGUGUGGUGCAAAGUUUUCGUCAGUCGCUACUUUGGUGGAUCAUGUGCAAAAGGUUCACGAAAGGAGUGGCAACCGAUCUGGGGUGAAUGUUACAAUUGAUGUUUGUCCUAAGUGUAGUAGGGGAUUUCGAGACCCUGUGUCCCUUGUGGAGCAUGUUGAAAGGGAUCAUGGCGGUAGUUCAAGAGCGUAGGUGUGGACUAGAGUUGAUAUUGAAUGAAUUUUAACUUGAAAAAAUUGCACUUUUCUUGUGCCUGAUUUUAUAGUAACAAAGAUGUGAACAUGAAUUUGAAGAUGUUUUUAUUUCUAUAUCACAGGUGGAA